AUGGGAUAUGAUUACACAGAAGACGACGUUAAGCACGCCAAGGCAAAGCGGUCAACCGGCGAAGAUGCACCUGUCGAUGACUAUUUACCGGUUAACAUCCAUGCUGAUUUCCAGUCUGCGGAAGAUCAAAGUCAGUCUGAUCUCAAGAAGAGAUCUCACGAUGGCCCUACAGAUGAUAGCUUCCCCGACAUUACCGAACGGUCGUCUGAAGAAGAAUCUGAAGACGAUGACCUCUCUGAUAUUGAGAAGCGAUCCAGCAAUAUCCUUGCAGAUGAUAGCUUCCCCGACAUUACCGAACGGUCGUCUGAAGAAGAAUCUGAAGACGAUGACCUCUCUGAUAUUGAGAAGCGAUCCAGCAAUAUCCUUGCAGAUGAUAGCUUCCCCGACAUUACCGAACGGUCGUCUGAAGAAGAAUCUGAAGACGAUGACCUCUCUGAUAUUGAGAAGCGAUCCAGCAAUAUCUUUGCAGAUGAUAGCUUUCCCGACAUUACCGAUUGA